AUGCCUCUGAACGGCGCUGAUGAUAAUAAUAUGCAGAUACUUAAAAAUCAUCCACCAAGUGGCCAGUACAUUUCAUUGAAAUAUGCUAUAAAAGGAGUUUGCAAACAAGAAGAUUGUGCAGAUGAAGAAGACGGUCAUGUUAAUAAUGCCAAUAAUGUUGGUGUAGGUGAUUUUGAUGUCGGUAGUGUAGUGGUUGCAGUUGGAGGAGAUGAUGUUGCAAUUACCGAAGAUGAUCUUGCAGGUGUCGAAAAUGAGAAGAAUGAACCGGUGAAAGACCAGACAGCCUCGAAGAUGAGCAGCGGAGAGAAAGGAUCAGAGAUAGAACGAGAAUACGCUCCAAGGAGAAAAUUCAAUCUGAGGAGGUAUGCAGAUGAAUUGAGUAAUGUAACUAGAUGUACCAGUGACAACCUGGUUGAACACCUUAAACUAAUAGGGGUAGAAGUUAUUUCUGGUUUUCCAGUUCUAAAGAAAUCUUUCAAUGAUAGGCCCCAAGCUAAUAAAUUUUCUUCAUUAACUGAGGAUGUUGAAUCAUGGCCAGAACAUGUUAGAAUCAGCCACUGGUCCUUCCUACAAAAAUCCAGAAAGGAUAAUUCUUCAGAUAACAAGACCAAAGAGAGCUCUGGACCCUGA